AUGGCAUCCAAUACAACAGAGGGGUCUGGAACUCAUGAGAGUGAAGAGGGCCAUACAUCUUUGACACCACGUCGUACAUGGUCCAACGUUUGGGAGCACUUCCAGAAAGAUUUGGUUGAUGUGGAUGGUGAACUCAAAGCUGUUUGCAAGUAUUGCCAACUGAAAUUGGUUACCAAGUCUGGCACCAGUAGUCUUAGAGGCCAUAUUGCCAAUGCUUGUCCAGCAAUUGACAGUGCUAUCAGAAAGAGAUUUCAAGCAAGCAUGAGCAAGCAACCAGUAGAUACAAAUUUUGUCUUUGAUGCCCAACUCUGUCGUAAAGCGAUGAUCAAGUAUAUCAUUCAUGCUGAGGUCCCAUUUCUGCAGUUUGAAGACCAUUACCUGCAGCCUUGGAUUGAUACAAUGCAGCCAACUCUCAUAGUCAAGGGUCGACAUACAAUCCGCAGUGAUUGCUUCAAAAAAUUUGAGGACCUGAAGAAAGAGCUUCAUACUGAACUUCAGAGUUUGGACUCUCGUGUUUGCCUGACAUCAGAUAUUUGGACGGCAUCACAGAACUUAGGAUACAUGGCCAUAACAGCCCAGUACGUUGAUGCAGAAUUCAAGAUCAAGAAAAAGAUCAUUUGGUUUAAAGUACUAGAGUAUCCUCACUCAGGCUUUGCAAUUGAAGAAGAAACAAUGAGGUGCUUGACAGAAUGGGGCUUAAGGUAUAAAUUGUUUACUUUGACAUUAGAUAAUGCAAGCAAUCACACUUCGGCAUGUGAAGAGUUGGUCAGAAAUCUUAAGCAUGAGUUAUUGUUUGAAGAACCACCUACUGAGGAAGAAUGGGCAAAGGCAGCAGCAGUUUCUGAAUUUCUGAAAGCAUUUGAAGAACUAACACUUGUUGUCUCAGCCCACAGGGAGCCUCCAGCACAUAGGUUUUUGCCUUUAGUGCUUUGUAUCCUUCAUGCCUUGAAGGACCUGGCCUGGCAAAGUACCGAUCUGCUCAAGGAGUUGGCUGUUUCCAUGCACUCCAAGUUUGAGAAAUAUUGGAAUCCUACUGAAGAUGAUCUUCAUAAUGUAGCUAACCGCAAGAGAAAGAAGAAAGAAAUUGCAUUUAGUGUUGUCUUAGUCAUUGCCACUGCCUUGGAUCUAAGAAGGAAGGCUGACUACUUGAAGUUCUUCAUUGAGAAGGUGUUCAGUGAUCCAAGUAAGACUAAUAAUUAUGUGAGGUAUGCCUUGGAAUGGAUGAGAAAGUACUUCACAUUGUAUGAGCAGCGAUGUGCAAGAAGUAGUGUGGACAUGAUGACACGUGCUAAUCCAGCCUCUACUACUGUUGGGUCACCCGUUCUUGGAAAAAGAAAGCUAGAAGUGGAAUUUGCUCAAUACACAACACGACUAAGAGUUGCACAGGCACGAAAAUCUGAAAUCGAUACAUAUUUAGAAGAACCACUUGAGGGGGAUAAUGAUGAUUUUGAUAUCCUAACAUGGUGGAAGAGCAGAUCAGACAAGUUUCCUGUAUUGUCAACUAUGGUUCGAGACUUCCUUGCUAUUCCCCUUAGCACAGUUUCAUCGGAAUCUGCUUUUAGUUUAGGAGAAAGAAUUCUUGGAGAACGUAGAAGCUCACUAAUGCCGGAAAUGCUCAUGGCCCUUGUAUGUGCUAAAGAUUGGCUAUUCAAGACUGCUGAAGAUCAACAUCUGGAACAUGAAGGUCUGGAACUUGAAGAGGGCUCUAGCAGUAGCAGCUUUGAUUAG